CUACCCAGACCACUGGCUCAGAUGUAGUUUAACACUUUAGAAAUGUUUUUCCUCACUUUUUCUUUGAUUUCAGGUAUUGACUUCAAAAUCAGGACGAUAGAGUUGGACGGGAAGAAGAUCAAGCUCCAGAUAUGGGACACAGCCGGCCAGGAGAGGUUCAGGACCAUCACAACAGCCUACUACAGAGGAGCUAUGGGUAUCAUGCUAGUGUAUGACAUCACUAACGAGAAGUCCUUCGAGAACAUCAAGAACUGGAUCAGGAACAUUGAAGAGCAUGCCUCCUCUGACGUGGAGAGGAUGAUCCUAGGAAACAAGUGUGACAUGAACGACAAAAGACAGGUGUCAAAAGAACGAGGAGAAAAGUUGGCGAUUGAUUACGGCAUCAAGUUCUUAGAAACGAGCGCCAAAUCCAGCCUGAACGUGGAAGAGUCCUUUUUCACACUGGGAAGAGACAUAAUGACGAGACUCAACAGAAAAAUAAACGACAGCAGUCCUCCAGGAGGAGGUGGGCCGGUCAAGAUCACAGAGACCCGGUCAAAGAAGAGCAACUUCUUCAGAUGUUCACUGUUCUAGUGGAUCCGUCCUCUCCUUUCCAUGGACUGAUACAGCCUUUACCUGCCCUGCUGUUUCCCCCUAGAGCUGAGCAGAAUACACCCCCAACCUGCUGCUUCAACCUAGAGCUGAGCAGAAUACACCCCCAACCUGCUGCUUCAACCUAGAGCUGAGCAGAAUACACCCCCAAACUGCUGCUUCAACCUAGAGCUGAGCAGAAUACACCCCCAACCCCUCACCAGGCCUGGUACCAGGCUACCUACCUAGCACUCCUCCAACCCCUCACCAGGCCUGGUACCAGGCUAUCUACCUAGCACUCCUCCAACCCCUCACCAGGCCUGGGUACCAGGCUACCUACUUAGCAGUCCUCCAACCCCUCACCAGGCUACCUACCUAGCACUCCUCCAACCCCUCACCAGGCCUGGUACCAGGCUACCUACCUAGCACUCCUCCAACCCCUCACCAGGCCUGGUACCAGGCUACCUACCUAGCACUCCUCCAACCCCUCACCAGGCCUGGUACCAGGCUACCUACCUAGCACUCCUCCAACCCCUCACCAGGCCUGAAACCAUUCUACCUACCUAGCACUCCUCCAACCCCUCACCAGGCCUGAAACCAUUCUACCUACCUAGCACUCCUCCAACCCCUCACCAGGCCUGAAACCAUUCUACCUACCUAGCACUCCUCCAACCCCUCACCAGGCCUGAAACCAUUCUACCUACCUAGCACUCCUCCAACCCCUCACCAGGCCUGGUACCAGGCUACCUACAAAGCACUGGGUCUUGGCCAGGCUAGGCUACUUAUUGCUGCUGAACUGCCUGACUAUUCCGUAGGCUACAGAGGAAAGCGACUCACCAUCCCAUUUUAAAAAAUGACACGUUAGAGAACCAAAAUUCUGAAAAGAACAAGGAAUGCCCCUCAACUGCACCCCUCUCUCCCUUCCCCAAAGGAGUUAGUCUAGGGCUUGCGUCCCAAAUGGAAUCCUAUUCCCUAUAUAGUGCACUACUCUUCACCAGAGCCCUAUUAUGCAGGCCCUGGUCAAAAGUAGUGCACUAUAUAGGGAAUAGGGUGGCAUUUUGGAUGCAGUACAUUUCUCCACUCCCCCCCCAACAGCUCUGAUUGACAGUUGAACCCUGUCUUCUGUGUUCUUUAACUUUAACCCUGGAAACGCUUCGUUGUUUGUUCAGCUUCCUGAUUAGCUGAAGCUGACUUCCCCCUGUAUCCACUCGAUGCACAGUUAACUUUUUAUUUUGAUGUCGCGUGUCUUGUCUUUCUUUACCUGCCUAUCUUUCUGCAGGGGGAAAAAAAUAAGAUUGACACCUGAAGGAUUGGAAGAGUUUGUUUUGACGUGGAUCUCGGGUUGGUUUGCUAUUAGAGAAGAAUAUAGUCAUUUUUUAAAGUGAUGAAUGAACAUGACUGCAGGGAGAGAUGGAGAGAAAAGAGAGUGUUGUACUGCAUGUUCUGCCCACGCUAGAAAGGAAAAUGUAACUGUUGUUUAGUAUUCUACCAAAGCUGAUGACUUCAUUGUGGUGGUUGUUUCACCCAUGUCUUUAUUUUUUAUUUUUUGGGUCUUUUAGUUUUAUAUAAUCUUUAUGAUAAUCGCACUGGAGAUCGUUAUGGAUGUUUCAAUGAUUGUUAAAACACCGCCUCUGUCAAAAAGGACACUGCAGUCAUUCGACGAUGCAUCCCUGGUCCAGAGCACUAAAGGCUAGAUUCAGAGCCGCUCUUCAGAACCGCUCUUCAGAACCACUCUAAAGAGUUAAAGGAUGCUCAUUGCUCGGCACUUCAACUGAUGACGGUCUCAGAAUUGGCUUCACUCAAUCGGACGUAAUGAAUGACUAGUUUUAAUGUUGUCACUUAGUCAUGCACUUACAGAAGGAGGUUUCUCAAUGACUCCAAUUUAAAACCACUGAGCAGCCUCUACUCAACUUAAAACCACUGAGCAGCCUCUACUCAACUUAAAACCACUGAGCAGCCUCUACUCAACUUAAAACCACUGAGCAGCCUCUACUCAACUUAAAACCACUGAGCAGCCUCUACUCAACUUAAAACCACUGAGCAGCCUCUACUCAACUUAAAACCACUGAGCAGCCUCUAGUCAACUUAAAACCACUGAGCAGCCUCUACUCAACUUAAAACCACUGAGCAGCCUCUACUCAACUUAAAACCACUGAUCAGCCUCUACUCAACUUAAAACCACUGAUUAGCCUCUACUCAACUUAAAACCACUGAGCAGGCUCUACUGACUCAUACAUCCACCACGGUAGCAGAUACUGACUCAUACAACGACCACAACCACCACGGUAGCAGAUGCCGACUCAUACAACCACAACGGUAGCAGAUACUGACUCAUACAUCCACCAGGGUAGCAGAUAACGACUCAUACAUCCACCAGGGUAGCAGAUACUGACUCAUACAACGACCACAACCACCACGGUAGAAGAUACCGACUCAUACAAUGACUACAACCACCACGGUAGAAGAUACUGACUCAUACAUCCACCAGGGUAGCAGAUACCGACUCAUACAUCCACCAGGGUAGCAGAUACCGACUCAUACAUCCACCAGGGUAGCAGAUACCGACUCAUACAUCCACCAGGGUAGCAGCUACCGACUCAUACACCCACCAGGGUAGCAGGUACCGACUCAUACAUCCACCAGGGUAGCAGAUACCGACUCAUACAUCCACCAGGGUAGCAGGUACCGACUCAUACAUCCACCAGGGUAGCAGAUACCGACUCAUACAUCCACCAGGGUAGCAGAUACCAACUCAUACAUCCACCAGGGUAGCAGAUACCAACUCAUACAUCCACCAGGGUAGCAGAUACCGACUCAUACAUCCACCAGGGUAGCAGAUACCAACUCAUACAUCCACCAGGGUAGCAGGUACCGACUCAUACAUCCACCAGGGUAGCAGAUACCAACUCAUACAUCCACCAGGGUAGAAGAUACCUACUCAUACAUCCACCAGGGUAGCAGAUACCAACUCAUACAUCCACCAGGGUAGCAGAUACCGACUCAUACAUCCACCAGGGUAGCAGAUACCAACUCAUACAUCCACCAGGGUAGCAGAUACCAACUCAUACAUCCACCAGGGUAGCAGAUACUGACUCAUACAUCCACCAGGGUAGCAGAUACCAACUCAUACAUCCACCAGGGUAGCAGAUACCGACUCGUAUAAGUGCUUUUGAAAAGUAGCAACAAGCAAAAAACCUCUUGUGUUCUAUCGUUGGUGCGUUCAUGCAAAUGUUGUUUAUGGUAUUAUAUUUUCGUACGGUAUCCUAUAAGACAUUGGACACUGGCGUUUACUCCCAGCAUGCUUUGUGAAACCACAAGGUAAACCACUUUCUACAUGUUUCAAUUUAUUAGCUCUUUAUUAUCGCCAAACAAAAACAUGUUGAUAAGGACACUUUUUCCAGUUCAUAUUAAUAUCCUUAUAUCUGUUGUUACAUCCUGUUCUUUCUGGUUUAUAAAACCACCGUUGUAUUAUUCUGUUCUGCUGCACUUUAUCUUCUCUGGGUGUGUGUUUGUGUUUGUGUGUGUGUGUGUUUGUGUGUGUGUGUGUGUGUGUGUUCAGAUUGAAGGUGCUUCUAACACAUCUAUAUUUCAUGUGAAGGGUCAGUAGUUUGAUGAUGUCUGUACCACUCCAUGUCAUGACAAAAGACACACCAGAUAGGAUUUAAUUAAUUUUUUUAUUUUAAUUUACGGUUAGUCUAGCUGUCAAACCUAACUUAAUUUUUUUCUGAAAACUUUUUUUUUAACCUCCAAACCGUUCUGUUGUUAGGGUUACCUCCACACCGUUCUGUUGUUGGGCUGCUUUUUAACGUAAUUAAUUACCCAUUUUUGGAAGGAAAACUAAUACAUUUUGCAGAUCAUAUUUCAUAGACAUUUGUAAAUACGGGACAGUUACUGACGGUAUAAUAAUCACUUGUUUUUUUCGGAACGAUGCGUGAAGGCUUGAGUUACUACAUGUAGUAGAUAUGUCUGAUAGAGAGCUGUUGUUGUAAUGCAGUGAUGGCGAGGGACAUGAAUUCUCAUGGGAACGUCAUGUAGCAUCAUGUCUGGAAAUACAGAUGUAUGCAGACAUUCUAGAAUACUUUCUAUCAUGUUGGUGUAACAAUGAAAGCAUUCCUCCCAUUUGUUUUCUAUCAUGUUGGUGUAACAAUGAAAGCAUUCCUCCCAUUUGUUUUCUAUCAUGUUGGUGUAACAAUGAAAGCAUUCCUCCCAUUUGUUUUCUAUCAUGUUGGUGUAACAAUGAAAGCAUUCCUCCCAUUUGUUUUCUAUCAUGUUGGUGUAACAAUGAAAGCAUUCCUCCCAUUUGUUUUCUAUCAUGUCGGUGUAACAAUGAAAGCAUUCCUCCCAUUUGUUUUCUAUCAUGUCGGUGUAACAAUGAAAGCAUUCCUCCCAUUUGUUUUCUAUCAUGUUGGUGUAACAAUGAAAGCAUUCCUCCCAUUUGUUUUCUAUCAUGUCGGUGUAACAAUGAAAGCAUUCCUCCCAUUUGUUUUCUAUCCUGUUGGUGUAACAAUGAAAGCAUUCCUCCAUUUGUUUUGGCGUUCAUUCUCUUCAGAUCUGAAAGACAUGUUUAAAUUGGUAUUUUCUCCUUAUCGACGUACUUUGUACAAGCAGCUUGUUACCUUGUCUUCCGGCUACUUUUUGUCAACUCUGUAACAUAUCGAACUGAUCAGUGUGAACUGAUAUUGUAUAAAAAUUAAAUUACUUUUGUCUUUUUUUUAAA